AUGAAGACAAAAUUCUGCAAAUCAAUUGUUUCCGAAAUCAGGAAAUCAGUGAAAUACAACACUGGAAGAAGAAUCAUCGAAGUCAUUCGAAUUGUUAACUCUGUGUUCACUAGUAACUGCGACAAUCCUGUGGAGAUACUUCAGGACUGCUUGAUUGCGUCUGGUGUCGAUGAUUUCAUUGUUAGUUUUCUUUACUACAUCCAUCUUCUGACUGUUUUCCCUCAGUUCAUCAAGGACGAGUGGAUGGAGUCAAACAGAAUGAUAGUGGCUGUAAGAGACACAAUGUUCAUAAAUAUGAUGGCUGUUUCUAAGAAACUAUAUCAGUACAUUGCGAAUUUCUUCUAUGACAAUGAUUUGUCUCCUUUAAUGUUGAAAUAA